UAUUCCACAGCUCAUCCUCUUCCCCCGCUUUGAAGACGGACACAUCCCAGCUGCUGCCAUAUGGGGGUGCAGCCUGCACUUCCACAUUUCUCACCUAGACGAGAGCGACUCCCCCACCCCUUCUGGCCUGAAGCCUGCUUGAAUCUGAGGAGGCUUUGCAGCUAUGCAUGUUCAGCGAGUGUCAUCAGGAGGCCGGCAGCUAGGACCUGGAAGAGACUGCUGGCUUCCUGAUGAUGUUGUGCAGGACCCCAAAGUGCAGCAGCUUUCGGUGGGUCACAGCGAGACUGCACUGGUGUGUGAAUAUGCUAGCUCAAUCCACCAUACCAGCUUACUACGGUGCCUCCUUAUUUUGCGUGGUCUCACUUUUAAGAGCAUCCAUUGCAGACCCUGGGAAAUUGCAAGAUAGUCCAAAAAUCCCCUUAACAGAAAAAGAAUUCUGGGAAUUAUGCAACAAAUGCAACAUGAUGAGACCAAAACGGUCUCACCACUGCAGUCGAUGUGGGCACUGUGUCAGAAAGAUGGAUCACCACUGUCCUUGGAUAAACAACUGUGUUGGAGAAGACAAUCACUGGCUGUUCCUCCAGCUCUGCUUUUACACUCAGCUCCUUAGUGGUUACACUCUAAUUUUGGAUUUCUGCCACUACUACUAUUUCAUCCCUUUGAAAACCAUCAACUGGGAUGUGUUUGUGUUUAGACAUGAGCUAGCAAUGCUCAGAAUAUCAACGUUUAUGGGUAUUGUCAUGUUUGGAGGCAUGUGCAGCCUUUUCUACACACAGAUUGUUGGUAUACUAACCGAUAUGACCACUAUAGAAAAAAUGUCCAACUGCUGUGAUGAAAUAUCGAGAGCUCGAAAACCAUGGCAGCAGACCUUCUCAGAAGUUUUUGGCACUCGCUGGAAGAUCCUGUGGUUUAUUCCUUUCAGGCGGAGACGACCACUGGGAGUCUCCUACUACUUUGCCAAUCAUGUCUAAACAGAUGGAUGGUGGGCACAGAUGGAUCUGCCACGCUGGAAGCAAGUUACAGGUUUUAUCUUAACAGUGCUAUGACAGUCUUCAAGUCAAUUAUAAUCCACCCACCAAUCUUAGACAUCACAAAGUGCCCCAGGCUUUGUUUUAAUAGUGAUCUCAAUGCAGUUGUGGGAACAGUACAAGAUAUGUAUUUAUUUGCUGAACAUUGUCUCCUUUCAAGAUGUCCUAUUUCCCCUCAGGACAUAUUGAACUCCCUCAGGCUACAAACUAAAACCAUGAAUUAAGAUUUUUUUUGUUGAAGUUG